ACUCUUCUGUGUCUAUGGACGCAGCACGCUCACAGCCGUUUACGUUCACUGGGAAACAUGUCGGCUCCACAGGCAACGACAAAGGAGGCCCCAGACCAAGAUGGCUCAGAAACACCAACAGAUUCUUUGGCUGGACCCAGUGAAGUCAAAGAAGAUACUGCGACCUUCACCACGUCUGCUGCCAUGGUGGAACCCAUGGGAGGUGUGCCGUCAUCACUGACAUCCAAGCAGCCGGAGACGGACAUAACUGACGCUGAUGAUGAUGCAGAGGCGUGGUCCCCUCCUUCUUCACCGCUGAACAGACCCACUGCAGGUCAUGCAGCAAAGUCCAUAUCCUCAAUGUCUCCUUGUCCCUACACGUUGUCGCCUGGCCGAGCAAAGAUGAGCGUCUCUGGACCUUGCACCAGUAAACCCAACCAACCUCCAACCCCUUCGACCUCCUCUUCCCCUUCUCCCUCAACGCCUUCCACUCCCUCCGUCUCCCCGGGGCCACACAAAGUCCACCGAGCCCGGAAGACCAUGAGCAGGCCUCCAUUGGGCCAGAUGGGUCAUGUUGAUGCUCUUGCUGUGUCCCGGACUCCUUCAGGAUCUUGCCUCUCUUCUGACUCUGAAACUGCUGCAAAAAAGAGGAAGCUGUCGGAGGGCGCGUCCGGUAGAUGUGAAAAAAUAGCGAACAAGAUUCAAAAUGCAGAGGAGAAGUUAUUUCAUAAAAAGAUGGAGUCUGUUACAGAUGCAGCUUUGGUGAAGAGCUCUUUGGGGAAGUCAGUGGAUGAUGGAAGCCAUUUGUCUGCUCCAGAUUCUGAAAAGUUGGAAAAUGGAGGUGAAGAGAGGCAGCAGACUGCAGAUGCAGAAGAUCAGAGUUUGGAGUCCGAAAGAAGGUCUUCACGGCCGCUGUCGGAUCAGGACCAAGACACAAUCACCAUUGAUUUGUUGGAAACAGAGGAGGCAGAAAGGUCUGGAGAAUACACAGAGGUUCCUCUGGGAGAUUUGGACAUCGCUGCUGCAGACAGUCUGACUCUUUCUCCUGCUGCUGAGGGAAGCGAAGCAGGUGACAUGGAGCGGCUGGAGGAGCUUCCUCUGUGCAGCUGCAGAAUGGAGGCUCCUCGGGUCGACAGCACCAGCCAGCGGGUCAGCAGACAAUGCAUGGCUACGGAAAGCCUCAACGGAGAGCUCCGGGCUUGCACCAACUGGACCAUGAAGGCGGAGACGAUGCGGCCGUCCAGUCGGAUUCCCCUCAUGUUGCUCUGUGACGUCCAUCGCUCACACAUGGUCAAACACCACUGUUGUCCUGGUUGUGGAUACUUCUGCAUAGCAGGCACUUUUCUGGAGUGCUGCCCGGACCAGCGGAUCGCUCACCGCUUCCACCGCGGCUGUGUGACGGUUUUGAGCGGCGGACGAAGCAAAGCUAACGGGGGCGGGAUGCUUUUCUGUCCGCACUGUGGGGAAGAUGCCUCAGAGGCCCAGGAGAUCACCAUUCCCUCCUCGGCCUCAACCUCCGCAACCACCGUGGUCACCAUGUCCGCCUCGUCCACAACCACGCCCUCCCUGCCUCCCUCUGCCCCAACAGCACCCUGUCUCACUGCCUCAACAGGAGGCAUGAAGGAUGGGAAGAUGCCUGAAAGACCUGUCAGUGCUCGAAUGCGAAGCCAUGGCUUGGUAACUCCUACGGUGGAACAACAGCCUCCCCAACCUGUACCCUCAGCAACGACUGUAUCUGCUGUUCCUCCAGCAGAGGAGGGAGUGGACAGCGUUGGACCCUCACUCUGCAUGCCAAAUGGGAAAUCAGUCAGCCCAAGCGCACUACCCCCUGGCCCCAGUAGGGCGGCACUGCAGAAAGCAAUUCUUACACAGGAAUCAGAGAGGAGAAAGAAACUGAGGUUCCACCCGCGGCAGCUGUAUCCUGCUGCCAAGCAAGGAGAGGUCCAGCGAGUGCUGCUGAUGCUGAUGGAGGGUAUCGAUCCAACAUACCAGCCUGAGUCUCAGAACCGACGUUCAGCUCUUCAUGCUGCAGCUCAGAGAGGUCUGCUGGAAGUCUGCUAUAUGCUGAUACAGGCUGGAGCCCAGGUGGAUGCCAAAGACAAAGACCUGAGGACCCCUCUGUUGGAAGCUGUAAUCAAUAAUCAUGUCGAUGUGGCUCGUUACCUGAUCCAGAACGGGGCCUGCGUUUAUCAUGUCGAGGUGGAUGGAUAUACUGGCCUCCACCACGCAGCCAAGUUGGGAAACCUGGAAAUCGUUAAAAUGCUGCUGGAGACCGGGCAGGUUGAUGUGAACGCUCAGGACAACGGUGGCUGGACUCCGAUCAUCUGGGCUGCAGAGCACAAACAUGUGAAAGUGAUCAAAUCGCUGCUGAACAGAGGAGCUGACGUCUCCGUUAAAGAUAAGGAGCUGAAUGUGUGUCUCCACUGGGCGGCGUACGCUGGAAACCUAGACAUAGCAGAGCUGGUGUUGAACGCUGGCUGUUCCCUCUCAUCGGUUAAUGUGCACGGAGACACCCCGCUCCACAUCGCUGCCAGAGAGGGAUACUUAGAAUGUGUUACAUUGUUUUUGUCAAGAGGUGCAGAUAUCGACAUCAUGAACAGGGAGGGGGACACGCCUCUCAGCCUUGCACGACCCGACACGCCUGUCUGGGUUUCACUACAGAUCAACAGGAAGCUGCGGAGAGGAAUCGCCAACCGACUGAUUCGCACAGAGCGAAUCAUCUGCAGCGAUGUCGCGCAGGGCUACGAGAACAUACCGAUUCCUUGCGUGAACGCAGUGGAUGACGAAGGCUGCCCGUCGGAUUAUAAAUACGUUUCAGAAAACUGUGAGACUUCAGCAAUGAACAUUGACAGAAACAUCACACACUUACAGCACUGUAGCUGCACUGACGACUGCUCUUCCAGUAACUGCCUCUGUGGGCAGCUGAGCAUCCGCUGCUGGUAUGACAAGGACCAACGGCUGCUGCAGGAGUUCAACAAAAUCGAACCUCCCCUCAUAUUCGAAUGUAACAUGGCGUGUUCAUGUUAUCGAACAUGCAAGAACAGAGUGGUCCAAGCAGGCAUAAAAGUUCGUCUGCAGCUCUACAGAACAGAGAAGAUGGGCUGGGGAGUUCGAGCGAUGCAGGACAUCCCCCAGGGAAGCUUCAUCUGCGAAUAUGUUGGGGAGCUGAUCUCUGAUGCUGAAGCUGAUGUUCGAGAAGACGACUCCUACUUGUUUGACCUCGACAACAAGGAUGGGGAAGUGUACUGCAUAGAUGCACGUUACUAUGGCAACAUCAGCCGCUUCAUCAACCACCUUUGUGACCCAAACCUUAUCCCAGUGCGUGUGUUCAUGCUGCAUCAGGACCUGCGUUUCCCUCGCAUCGCCUUCUUCAGCUCCAGAGACAUCCUGAGUGGACAAGAACUGGGGUUUGACUACGGCGAUCGUUUUUGGGACAUUAAGAGCAAGUAUUUCACCUGUCAGUGUGGAUCUGAGAAGUGUAAGCACUCUGCUGAGGCCAUCGCUUUGGAGCAGAGCAGGCUGGCUCGGAUGGAGGCGUGCUCAGAAUCAGGAGCUGACUGUGGGAUGACCAUGAUGGGAAACUCUUAAAACACUUAAACCACAGGGCCUUCAGUUUAAACCCGACUAAGUUUACACCCAAACACAGUGAACAAUAGUUGUGGGGUUUGCCAGUUGUGGUGCUGUUUGUUUUACAUUUUCCUAAAGCUGUCACUUUAUUAUAUUCACUGUUGCAGAAAUUAUAACCUUUCAGUUUUAAAGGACCAGACCUAAAACGGUUUUAGAAAAACUACAGAUCCCAUGAUUCUGUUUGUAGUCUUGUUGGUUUAACAGAAAAUUUUCCCUGAAACAAACAUUUGUGCUGGAGGCCUUUUUUAACCAUUUAUAUAUGUGAAAAUGUUUUAUAACCACAUACUUCCUGUAGUGCCAACCAACACAACGCAUUGUGGCAAAAACAUAAAGCAUCUAACUGAAGGCCUUUCUGGACUCUUGAAUAAACGUACUAUGUCAGUUUGUGGAUGGAUGCUCAUGGUAGUUUUUUUUUAUACACAUUUCUUCUGUCACUUGUAGUGAAAUAAAACAGCAAAUGAGUUU